AUGUCCAACCCAGAAGAGUCUGCAUUCACCUUUCUCCCCCUGGGAGCCAUCAUCCAGGAGUUCAAUGUCGGCGGGACCAACAUCGUGCAAGGCUUCAAAACGCAAGAGGACUAUGUCAAACAUAACUCCCCCUUCUUUGGCGCUACAAUUGGUCGGGUGGCGAAUCGUCUGAAGAACGGCGUGCUGGAAAACAUCAAUGGGCAGGAUUACUCUCUAGCGCAGAACAAUGGUCCGAACGCGCUGCAUGGGGGUGUCAAGGGCUGGGACAAGCGUGUUUUUGAGGGUCCUACCGCUGUGAAUCGAAACGGCAAAGAAGGGAUCUUUUUCAAGUACCUGAGUAAGCAUGAAGAGGAAGGUUAUCCGGGUACCGUGGAGGUUCAUGUUUGGUACACGGCUAACAAGGAGGAUGGCAAAACUGUGCUGGAAACCGAAUAUGAGGCCGAGCUUGUCGGAGAUGAGGUUGAGGAGACGGCUGUGAACAUCACCAAUCAUUCGUACUUCAAUAUCUCCGGUGGCGCAGACAUCCGCGGGACUAAGGCUAAGCUGGCAACAGAUUCCUGCAUACCCCUUGACAAUACCAGCAUACCAUACGGCCAUAUAGACAAGUUCAAAAAAGUCAAAGUUGCUGAACCCUUUAUUCUGGGCACCCCCGAAACCGAAGUUGAUGACUGCUUCUUAAUCGAAACCGAUCCAUUCAAAGUACCCCUCGAUACCCGGUCUCAGGCUUUAAAGCUACUCGGCGAAUUCAGCCACCCGGACAGCAAGCUACACCUAGAGGUCUAUAGCACCGAGCCCGCUUUUCAGUUCUAUACUGGUAAUUUCAUCGACGUCCCCGCCGUGAACGGUCUGCCGCCGAGGGGCAAAUAUGCCGGUUUCUGCGUUGAGCCUAGCCGCUAUGUGAAUGCGCCCAAUAUGCCGGAUUGGCGUCAUAUGGUAUUGCUCAAGAAGGGACAGAUUUAUGGCUCGAAAAUCGUGUAUAAGGCAUGGAAAGAGUGA